CCAAAAUGACCAACACAAAGGGAAAGAGGAGGGGCACCGGCUACAUGGUCUCUAGGCCUUUUAGAAAACAUGGAGUUGUUCCUUUGGCCACAUACAUGCGAAUCUACAAGAAAGGUGAUAUUGUAGAUAUCAAGGGAACGGGCACUGUUCAAAAAGGAAUGCUCCACAAAUGUUACCACGGCAAAACUGGGAGAGGCUACAACGUUACCCAGCAUGCUGUUGGCAUCACUGUAAACAAACAAGUUAAGGGCAAGAUUCUUGCCAAGAGAAUGAAUGUGCAUAUCGAGCAUAUUAAGCACCCUAAGAGCCGAGACAGCUUCCUGAAACGGGUGAAGGAAAAUGAUGAGGAAAAGAAGGGAGCCAAAGAGAAAGGUACUUGGGUUCAACUGAAGCUCCAGCCUGCUCCAGCCAGGGAAGCACACUUCGUGAGAACCAAUGGAAAGGAGCCUGAACUGUUGGAGCCCAUUCCCUAUGGAUUCGUGGCAUGA